AUGUCGCCGGUUUCUGUCGACUCCCCAAGCACGGCCAUCGGAGCGUCAACUCCAGGGCCGAGCCAAACCACCCAUGCUCGUUCUUCUCCAGUCACGGAUAUCAGGCCCUCUUCGGCAAUCAACAGACAGACAACUACUGAACAGUCACUUCAAAAGAGACAUCAGAAGAUCGUUUUGCCGGAUCCGGUUGCCCUGAUAUACCUGGAAGAGGAUCCGUCAACGACCCUCUUCCACCGCCGCGAAAUCCUGCAAGGAUACGAGAUCUAUAUCGUUGAGCAGUGGGCCUGUUCUCGAGUCCACCCGACCUUUAUAAUUGCUACAUACACGGGCGAUCCUGCGCAUCAUAUUAGAGUCGGGGUACUCGGCGUCCCUACGGAUAGAGACAGCUGGUCGCCACGUUUAAAACUAUACUUUGAUGCUGUGCAACAGUACCAUGCGGUGGCGAAGGACACCCCUUUGGGGGCAUUGAUGGUUACAAACCUAAGCGCCUUCCCUUCCGCACUCACUGUUAUUGCCAUACCAGACGGCGAUAUAACAAAAAACCGGGAGCACUUCAUCGUAAAUGAAGAUCUGAAGCGUCUGGGAUGCGCAGGCCGUGCAGGCUUGAAGCUUCAACCUCCGUCCCCGGUGGUCCAAGCCAAAUUUUAUCAACUGUACAAAACAAGUGAUCGUGUGCCCCUGUAUACAGCGGUCGUGGAAGUUGUCAAACACUGUCAGCUUGCGCUCGUCAUUUUCGACAAACUAAGACCAGAGUAUGCUGACGGUCUGUUAUGUGAUGUCACCGAGAAGGCGAUAGGCGAUUGGUGGGCAGAUAUUGGCACGGAUCUCUACAAUAUUGAGCCGAGUGACGGCAUAUUAGGUGCUACCACCGUUGCGGCACUUCUGGGUGCUUUGCUGGGUGCACGCCAUAGGUUACACGCCGCGGGGGCGCCAGUCCCCAAAGAUGCCUUUGAUCUGUCGAGUUUGAAACGUGGCAUCAGCAGUUUUCAGAAGUCACAGAAGCUGGAGCGGACGCGUCGAUUAGAUCGCGACACGUUAGACAGAUUGCAUCGAGUGAGUCAGAAGGCCACAAAUUCGGAACGUUGGACCGGUGCCGUCAAGUCCACCGUCGCUGAGCUCAGUGGAAAGGGCGGCGAGAUGGUUAUGGGCAUGGUUGGUCGCGAAAAAGGCUCGAUAUCUGAUAUUGAAACCCUGGAUCUGGAACAAUUCGCGCAACUAGCCAAUGGUGAAAGAGCUCGAUGGCUUUGGCAGGGCAAGCCUCGCAAAACUGCCUUUAACUACGGGCUUGAAAACGCUCCACGCGCAGAUGAUCUUAUUUUUACGACGGAUGACCAGGGUAGCUAUGUUUGGGCUGGUCGUAAACGGAACAACGGGUCAGACUCGGGAGCCGACCGAGCAGCGCAAGACAGUGACAGUGCAAAACGCUCCCAGGAUUAUUUGACAGGAGUGGAAGACAAGGAUUCGAAUCUAUCACGCUUGGUUUCGCGAAGUCUUACUGGGAAAGUGUCCGAUGCGCGUGCUGGCUUUGGCAGGUUCAAGGAUGCUGUUGGCCUCCCUAGUCGGCGAUCCCAUCAAUCACAGUAUUUAGGUCAACAACAACAACAUCACCACCUUCACCGCCACAGGCAUAAUAAAGAGUCUGUCAACCUUGAUAGCAACGACAUCUACAACAUUGGCGGCGACAGCGAAGUUGAUCAAAAAGAGCCCCGGGCAACAACCUUGGAGAGGGUGAAUACUCUACACACGGAAAAUGCCAACGAAUCUAUCGAAGAAGAUGAUAAACAAACACCAACUUCUAGAUUAGUACCACCGGAAAUUCACAUUGAACCCGAGUCUCCUCCCCUCGAGGAAGAAAAUGGCGAAAAUUUAGCACAACCCAAGGAAGCUACCGCACUAGAAGAGGAAGAGGAAGAGGAAGGGCAAGAAGAUGACUAUAAGGACUUGGAACUAUCCAAGACCAGGUCGACAGAAGCCAUGAGUGAAUACGACGCUUCGGGAGGGACAGCUUUCAGGUGCCUUCGCCGGUCACAGAGCUUCUCCGAAGAAGGCCACGGCAACCGGUUUUCUUUAAACAAUGGCGGAUGCACUCGUCAUUUGUCCUUUAGCACAGUUGAGGAAGUUGUCCUUGUCUGGGAAGGCUUCAAGACCGACUCUGACAAGGAACCCAACGGAAACCUCGACGAUGCCAUUCUUCAUGAAAACAUUCUUCUAUCGGAUGCGCAAAUAUUCCGCUCUAGAGUGUUGGGGUUAACUCAACAGACAGUGCCUUGGGUUGAGGGACAGGUCGCUUCAGUGGAUAUCCUGUACCAGAAGGCUAGUGCUCUGCAAGAAGAGUUAGAGUACAUCUAUCCCGAGCACGUCGAAGCAAUCCAGGACUUCCGCGACCGCAUAAACCAGUUAUUUGGCGACGAGGGCUCUCGCGUGACCGAGGAAAUGAAGAAAGUCGAGCUGUUGGGGGCCAAGCUGGAUUAUGAAUUAAACGUGCUGGAAUCCAAGAUCGAAGAUGUCGAGGCCGGAUUACAGGAUUUUCAGCGAAACGUCGAUGUUGUUGAGAAUCGAAUACACAGACUCGUCCAGGGAGAACAGCGGAAUGAUACCUCUUGGUUCUCCUGGGCUGGCAGGAAAUUUUGGCGCUUUUAG